UAUAUGUUUAGUUGGACUUCUAGGAUGGACUAGUAUAUGUUUAGUUGGACUGCUGGGAUGGACUAGUAUAUGUUUAGUUGGACUGCUAGGAUGGACUAGUAUAUGUUUAGUGGACUAGUAUAUGUUUAGUUGGACUGCUAGGAUGGACUAGUAUAUGUUUAGUUGGACUGCUAGGAUGGACUAGUGUAUGUCUAGUUGGACUGCUAGGAUGGACUAGAAUAUGUUUAGUUGGACUGCUGGGAUGGACUAGUAUAUGUUUAGAUGGACUGCUAGGAUGGACUAGUAUAUGUUUAGUUGGACUGCUGGGAUGGACCUGAUGGAGAGCCUGUAAUAUAUCAUGGAUGGACUUUAACCUCUAAACUUCUUCUCAGUGAUGUACUCAUAGAUGCCAUUAAACCCUACGCGUUCAAGAAUUCUGUGUAUCCUCUUAUUCUCUCUAUAGAGAACCAUUGUAGCAAGGAACAACAAGAUCUCAUGGCAAACCUUAUGAAGGAAAUACUUGGAGAUAUGUUGUACACAGACCCGGUGGAUAAGAAUAGAACAAUGCUACCAUCACCAGAAGAUCUUAAAUUCAAAAUUCUGGUAAAAGCGAAGAAGAUUCGUCUGACUGCUACCGGAAGUAUCGACGAAGAACCGGAAGUUCUAACAAAAUCCGCAUUACAAAAACUAUCGAAUAAGAAGGGACCAGUACGUCCCCACAGAAAAACAAGUGCUAAGGCAAAAUUAUUCUCAGCUCGUGAUUUGGAUAUUAGCAAUGAACCUUAUGGACCGCAAUCCUCCAAAGUUGACGAAAAAGACUCGAGUUCGAAAACUAAGACAGAGAUCGGUUCGAAAGAUGACCCAUUGACGAAAGAUAAAGGUCCGACUGUUGGACGAUGCUCGAUAAGCAACGAAACACUGGUUACAAACUCAACCCAAUCCAGACUCCUCAGCGAUAUUGUAAAUUACUGCGAGGCAUCAAAAUUUAAAGAUUUUGAAGAAGAAAGAAAUUAUUGGGAAAUGAGCUCUUUUGAUGAGUCGAAGACAGAGCAGUUUUGUACUUCUGAUAGUACAGCCUUAAAGUUUGUGGAGUACAACAAGAGGAACUUGAGUAGAAUAUAUCCAAGAGGAACAAGAUUACUCUCAUCUAAUCUUGAUCCUAUCCUACCCUGGGUUUCUGGUUGCCAGAUGGUUGCUCUAAACUUCCAACAGGCAGACACGUACAACCUGUACAACAGGGCAAUGUUCCAACAAAAUGGCGGCUGUGGAUACGUUCUUAAACCAGAAUUCUUGCGGAUUCCUGCAUCUGCCUCAGCAUCAACAUCAGCUUUAGAUUCAUCAUCCGCCGCUGAUUCUAUAUCCGCCUCGGGUUCAGAAUCUGUCUCUCAUAACAUUCCAGCCUCUGUUUCACCUGGUGCAAGCUCAUCAUUGUCCUCUUCAUCUUAUUCACCUUUAAGAAUAGAAAAAAAUAUUAAUUUGAAGUGUGUGAAACUAACUAUUCGGCUCAUUUCCGGUCAACAUCUCCCUAACCCUAGUGACAGACAGGCAGGAGAUAUAAUUGAACCUUUUGUUAGAAUAAAAAUAGUUGGACACCCUCAGGAUUGCUGUGAGUGGAAUUCGAAAACUGUUCCAAGAAAUGGGUUUAAUCCAAUAUGGGAUGAACAGACGACAUUUAAUCUUCUCGUUCCAGAUCUUGCAAUCAUAUAUUUCAAGGUGAAGAGUAAAACUAAGCUUGUGGAUACAUUAGAUGAUUACCUGGGAUCUUAUGCAGUUGCUUUCAAUUUAUUAAGGAAGGGAUACAGGUUAGAUUUAGUAUAA